CCAGCCUUGGCCAAAUGAUCCUUGUGGGCAGUCUGUUCUCUGCGGCGACCUCCGCGGCCACGCCGACCACCGCGGCCACGCCGACGACCGCUCUUCCGACGCUGGCCACGCCGACGUCGGCGGGCGCGAAGCAGGCAGGGUGGGGCUUCACGGUGGCAUUGGCCGAUCAGCUCGGCGAGGCGCUGGAGCCGGGCGUGUCCGGAGACAAGGCCGAUGUGCUCUCCGGCGCGAUCCUCCACGGCAUGUCCUCCUUCAUCACGCGGAUCUCCGUCUCCCAAGUCGCGCUGGGCACGUGCGCCAGCCUCUCCCUCGCUCCCGCCGACGCGAGCAGCAAGCUCCUCGGCGACGACGCGGCCGACGCACUGGUCAGCUCACUCGAGGAGUCGACCAUCGGGGAGCUCUUCCUGGAUGGCAACACCGUCGGAGACCGCGGCGCCGCCUCGCUCGCCGGGCUCGUCGAGCGCAGCCGCCUCUCCCGCCUCUCGCUCGUCGACAACUCCGUCACCGACGCCGGCGCCUACCGCCUCGCCGACGCCGCGAGGUGGUCCGAGACGCUGCACGCGCUCGACCUCGACGGCAACCCGAUCGGGGCGGACGGCGCCGUCUACCUGGCCGAGGCGCUCGCGUACAACCGCGCCCUGCGCGCGUUUGGCCGCUGCCUCGCCGCCAACGAGGCGCUCGAGGUGCUCUCUCUUGGCAGCCUCUCAACCGCCGCCGCCGAGGUGCUCGUCGGCGCUCUCCGCUCAAACUCUGUCCUCACCACGCUCGACCUCGGCGGCGGCACCCUCUCCGACAGGGCGCUCUCCGACCUCGCUCUCCGCCGCUUCGCCCCUCUCGGCGGCGGCUCGCUCAGAUCAUGCUAGCAUACGUCAAUCCCCCAGGUGAUACAAUUCGUCAGCGCCGAGUGGUGCAACUCAGAAAAUCACACCCCCGCAACUCAAGUCUCGAGCCGCGCGCGAGGUCGGGGGGGGGACGAGCUUGCAGCUUGCCCGCCGCGUACCGGGCUUUGAUUCAAACAAAGGCUUUGUCCUUGUGGGGGAAAGGACAAUAUAAU